CCCAAACAAAACACAGCUGACGACGUUGGCGUUUCUCAGUUGAUUCUCAACUGUUCGGCCGGUCGGUCUCUCUGCGGAGAACAGCAACAAAGCUCGUGGGAGCACAAAUCCCGCUAAGCAGUGACAAUUAUUUUGAGUGUACCGUUAGCCGUUUAAUAACAAAAAAGCGCGCGCUGUGAAUUGUUUUUUUUUUUUGAAAGUCUUAUCUUUUUUUUUUUUGAAGUUAAAAAAAACCACAAAAAAACAACAAAAAAAUGUAUGAAUGAAUAUUUUUUUUGUGCUGAAAACUUGCUGCGUUUGCGAUUUACAAAAAUAUAUUAAAUACAAAAACAAAUAUAUAUAUUUAAACAAAAAAAAAAACAAAAACAACUAAGUCCAAUCAAAGGCGAUAAAGUAAACAAAAGAAAGAAACAAUAAUAAUACAACAACAACAGCGGCCAGAUACCGCGAAAAGUCGUAAAGAAAAGAAACCCCCCCUUAGUAAUCACCAUCAGGGGCAGCAGCAAGCGCGGCACCAUCAUGCUGCCGCAGCAGUACUGCCUCCGGUGGAAGUACCACCAUAGCAAUCUCCAGACCAUGUUCUCACAGCUCCUGGAUCGCGGCUGCUUCUGCGAUGUGACCCUGGCCUGUGAGGGUCAACUGAUCCGCGCCCAUCGGGUCGUCCUGUGCGCCUGCAGCACCUUCUUCGACACGGUCCUCUCCAACUAUGCCAGCGAACGGGAUCCGAUCAUCAUCAUGAAGGACGUGACCUUUGCCGAGGUCAAGUGUCUCAUCGAGUUCAUGUACAAGGGCGAGAUCAAUGUGGAGCAUGCCAGUCUCCCUUCGCUCCUGAAAACCGCCGAUGACCUCAAGAUCAAAGGUCUGGCCGAGGUCACUUGGCGCGAUGAUGAGGAUGGCCCUCCACCGCCCAUGGCCGCCGCCGAAUUCCACUCACCGCCGCGUACCCUGGCCGAGAGCUACGCCCAGGACCUAAUCCUCCAGCAACAGCAGCAGCAGGCGGCGGCGGCGGCGGCGGCGCCUCCAGGACAGCUCCACAGUUCCACAUUGUUGGACAGAGAAAGGGAGAGGGACAGAGAACGUGAGCGGGACAGGGAGCGAGAGCGGGAGCGUUUGUCGCCCGGCAUGGAGAGUGUCCUGGGCAGAAUGCCGGUGAUGGCGCCCGGACAUCCGGCAGCAACAGGACCCUCUGGAUCCCUGGAGGGCAGUGCUCCGGUGGAGCAUUAUUUGGGGCCGAAACGCAAGCGGGGACGUCCGCCACUAGACGAUGCCUAUGAUGUGUUCAAUGUACGCAAGCUGGCCCAGUAUGCCGCCAAUCUGGAGCCCGCCCAGCGCGCCUACUUGGAGACGGCUCGCCACUUCGCCGAGGAGCCACCGCUGGUGACCGCCCAUGCUGCUGCCGCCGCUGUUGCUGCUGUUGCUGCCACAUCGCUGGCCUCCCCGCCCGCCGCCUGCCCGCCCAAACAGCGACAAAGGUUGCGCCACCAACAACAGCAGCAACAACAACAACAGCAGCAACAGCAGCAGCAGCUCCUUCAAGCGGAAACUGCCACCGAGCAGGAUGCGGGUGGUGGCACCCACGAAUGGUCAGCCGGAGAGACACGUCGCACACCCACACCCAAGAUACCCAACGACGAGAAGCCGGAAAUCGAUUUGUCCGGAGGUGGCGGUGGCGGUGGCGGUGGUGAUGAGGCGGAUUCGGAAGUAACGCCAUUGGGUAGGAAGCCGGAGAAGAUGAGCGAACGGCGAGAACGCCACGGAAAGCUGCGUCAUGCCAGGCGCUUAUACGGCGGAGAGCGAGAGAAGCCCGCCGAGGAGCCGGAUCAGGAGCGGGAAAGGGAGCGUGAAAGAGACAGGGAGGAGCGGGAGAGCGGGAAAGAGACGGACGAGGCCAAUCUGCCACAGCCCGUGGAGGAGAUAGAGAACGAGCAUUUGGUGGCCAAUCGAUCAGAGUCGCCCCGUUCCGGCAGCCUAAUCCCGGCCAGCUUUGCCAGCAAGUACGAGGCGGGAGGCAGUACCGCCGCCGCUGCCGCCGUAGGAUCAGGAACCCCAGCCUCCUAUCUCAUCAACGAGCACGGCCUGCUGAUGGCCCACGAGUUUGGCCCGAAUGUGGCAGCGAGUGCUGCGGCUGCCACCGCCGCUGUGGCAGUUGCCGCCGCCGCCGCUGUGGUGGCCAGUGCCGCCAGUGGUAAUGGAAACCCCAGUGGCGGUCAGGAGCCCGGUGGCAGUGGCCUCGGCGACUAUCCGGACAUCAAGCUGGAGGAUUAUGAUGCCGCCGAACUGCGUCUCACCAACGAGGAGCUCACCCAGUGGCAGGAUGUCAUCAAAAUGGACGACUAUCUGGCGAAGGGCCGGCGUCCGCAGUUCUGGGAGGAGCCAUUCACUAAGAGGGUCCUCGAUGCCAUUAAAAACAAAAGACUCGAAAUGAAAAAGGCAGCUCGCAUUUUGGGCGUCUCGUACGGAACCCUGUACGGUCGCUACCGGGAGGUCUAUGGCUGCCUCAAGCAUCCCUACAGUGGCACUGCCUUUAGGAACUCGGGAUCAACGGCUGCCGGACAACUGGCCGGAGUACAGCCCCGAUUCGAUCUGGGUUUUCGUAAUGGAGGCGUUCUGCCAGCUCAACUGGUCACGAAUCCGUAUUUGCAGAGCUGGGCAAGCUGAAGAAGGAUCUAAGCGAGCUGUGGACCCGGCCGCAGAUUUGAGGACCAGCCACCGUCGACAUUGCCACAACUUCUUCGAAAAAAUCGCAGAAAAAUCUCAAAAGACGCCACAGGCUAAUUUAAGGGAUUUAAUUAAAAACAAAAAAAAAACUACAAACUACAAAAAUGAAAGUAAACCCAAAGGAUCUGGAUAAAGAAAUGAAAAAGACAGCUUAAGCCCGGAUUUUUGUGAACGAGGCUAUCGUAAUGAACCUUUCCUGAAGAAAUUCCCACUUUGAUUUGUUGUUUUCUUCGUGUUACAACUACAAACUGAUCUUCUAUAUAUUAGAAUCUUAAAAUACAUUUAAAGAAUAACUAAAAAAAAAAAAAUCAUAUAAAUAUAUAUUAUAAUACAUACGUCUAUAUAUACAUAACGCACGCGUCGAUUAGUUAAUUGAAACUACAUAUAUAAUUAUAAAGACACAAAACAAAACUAAUCGUUUUCGGAGAGGUAUUAAUUGGCAUUCAAUGUGAAUGAAAUACGAAAAGAAUUCUUUUUUUGUAGUGAAAUUCAACAUUAAAACAAACUAUGAAAUCUAGUUAAUCUAUAAUAUUAAAUGCAAGUAAAUAAAGUGAAUUUUUUGAUAAGCUAAUGGAAACGAACACAAACAAUAUGUAUUACAUACAAAAAAUAUGUUUAAAACUGAAAUAAAAUAAUAUCUAUUAAAGAAA